AUGGAAAUCCUAAUGACAUUCUCCAAAUUUGCCUCUUUAUGUACCAUGGGCGCCAAUGCCUCUGCGUUGGAGAAAGAGAUUGGAUCUGAGCAGUUUCCGGUCAACGAGCACUACUUCGGCCUGGUCAACUUCGGGAACACCUGCUACUGCAACUCGGUGCUGCAGGCGCUUUACUUCUGCCGGCCUUUCCGGGAGAAGAUCCUGGCGUAUCGUGGGCAGCCUCGGCGCAAGGAGAACCUGCUCACCUGCCUGGCCGACCUCUUUCACAGCAUCGCCAACCAGAAGAGGAAAGUCGGCGUCAUACCGCCAAAGAAGUUUAUUACACGCCUACGCAAAGAGAACGAACUGUUCGACAACUACAUGCAACAGGACGCCCACGAGUUCCUGAACUACCUUCUCAACACCAUUGCCGACCUGCUCCAGGAGGAGCGCAAGCAGGAGAAGACCAACGGCCGCCUGGCCAAUGGCACCCUGGACUCUCAGAACAAUAACAGCAAUGCUGCGCCGGCGCCCACUUGGGUUCACGAGAUUUUUCAGGGCACCCUCACCAACGAGACUCGCUGCCUCACUUGCGAAACGAUAAGCAGCAAAGACGAGGACUUUUUGGACCUUUCUGUUGAUGUAGAACAGAACACCUCCAUUACGCACUGCCUCAGAGGUUUCAGCAACACGGAGACACUGUGUAGCGAGUACAAAUAUUACUGUGAAGAAUGUAGGAGCAAACAGGAAGCGCACAAAAGGAUGCGCGUAAAGAAACUACCAAUGAUCCUAGCCUUGCACCUGAAGCGCUUCAAGUACAUGGAGCAGCUGCAGCGUUAUACCAAGUUGUCGUAUCGCGUCGUCUUCCCGCUGGAGCUCCGCCUUUUCAACACGUCCGGGGACGCGACCAAUCCUGAAAGGCUCUACGACCUUGUUGCGGUCGUAGUGCAUUGUGGGAGUGGUCCGAACAGAGGCCACUACAUCGCCAUCGUCAAAAGUCACGACUUCUGGUUGCUGUUCGACGACGACAUCGUAGAGAAAAUCGACGCGCAGGCCAUCGAGGAAUUCUACGGCCUUACUUCGGAAAUCUCCAAGAACUCCGAAUCGGGCUACAUCCUCUUCUACCAGUCCAGGGACUAA